GUAAACGGCGACGAUGAAUGGGAAUACGAAGAGAUCAUCCUCGAAAGGGGUGGCGCCGGCUUGGGUUUCAGCAUCGCCGGCGGCACCGACAACCCUCACAUCGGCGACGACACCGCCAUCUACAUCACGAAGCUCAUACCCGGAGGAGCGGCAUCUGCCGAUGGCCGUUUGAAAGUCAACGACUCCAUUUUGUCCGUUAACGAUGUACCAGUCGUUGACGUACCCCACGCGAUGGCGGUGGACGCGCUUAAGAAAGCCGGCAACACCGUCAAACUGUGCGUACGAAGGAGACGGCAACCUCGCAACAUGCGCCUCAUGGAGAUCGAGUUGGUAAAGGGCAACAAAGGUCUCGGAUUCAGCAUCGCCGGGGGUAUAGGCAACCAACACAUCCCCGGCGAUAACGGCAUCUACGUCACCAAAGUCAUGGACGGUGGCGCCGCUCAAGUUGACGGCAGGUUGCUCGUUGGUGAUAAGCUGGUGGCGGUCAGAGAUUCUAUGAAAGGAGAAGUGAAUCUGGAGAACGUGACCCACGAAGAUGCCGUCGCGACGCUGAAAACGACGCAGGACCGGGUCGUUCUUGUCGUUGCCAAACCAGAGAGUGCCUUUAAUGCUCCCGCAUCGGAUACUUCCUAUUCGCCACAACUUUCCACAAAAGUCUCACAUGGUUAUGCAGACUCCGUACACUCAGUACAUUCGUCGAAUUUGGCAUUACAUCACCCACCAUCAACUCCUAGGGCUAUUAGCGCUGAAGAUAUUACGAGAGAUGUAAGGACAGUGGUCCUCCAGAAAGGCACUUCAGGACUCGGCUUCAACAUAGUCGGAGGGGAAGAUGGCGAAGGAAUAUUCAUAUCCUUCAUUCUCGCCGGCGGCCCGGCAGAUCUGAGCGGCGAGCUAAGGCGCGGCGAUCAGAUUCUGAGCGUCAACGGCGUGAAUCUCAGAAAUGCGACUCACGAAGAGGCCGCCCUGGCGCUGAAGGUAAAUAAUGCAGGCACCAGUCAAACGGUUAGCGUGGUAGUCCAAUAUAGACCGGAAGAGUACAAUAGAUUCGAAGCUAAGAUCCAUGACCUCAAACAACAGAUGUCCCACCCGGUCACGGGGGGCACUUUGCUUAGAACAUCACAAAAAAGAUCGCUUUACGUCAGGGCGUUGUUCGACUACGAUCCGUUGAAAGACGACGGCCUUCCGUCUCGCGGCCUGGCUUUCCACUACGGUGACAUUUUGCACGUGACCAAUGCCAGCGACGACGAAUGGUGGCAGGCCAGAAGGGUUUUGAAUACCGGAGACGAACAGGGUAUGGGCAUUGUCCCUUCGAAAAGGAGAUGGGAGAGGAAGCAGAGGGCCAGAGAUAGGUCCGUCAAGUUUCAGGGACAUUCGCCAAAUAUUCUUGAUAAGCAAUCAACUUUAGAUAGAAAAAAGAAAAAUUUCUCGUUUAGUAGAAAAUUUCCUUUCAUGAAAAGCAAAGAUGACAAAUCCGAAGAUGGAUCAGACCAAGAACAUUUUAAUUUUUUUGUACCUUUAGAACCCAAUUCUGAACAACUUAACCACGAUAAUGAUAACGAAAAAAAUCCUCAAUCUUUCAUGCUAUGUUAUACUCAAGAGGAUGCUAACGCAGAAGGUGAAAUAUUAUAUCGCGUCGAACUGCCCUAUCUGGAAGAAAUAACGCUAAUUUAUUUGGAAGAUAAUGACAAAGAAUUUAGCAACGAGGAAACCGUUUUAUCGUACGAACCAGUACAGCAGUUGCAUAUAAAUUAUACCAGACCGGUUAUUGUACUGGGUCCACUCAAAGAUCGUAUCAAUGAUGAUUUGAUAUCAGAGUUUCCUGACAAGUUCGGCAGUUGUGUACCACAUACAACGCGGCCAAAGCGAGAAUACGAAGUCGACGCCAGAGAUUAUCAUUUCGUAGCUUCUAGAGAACAAAUGGAGAAAGACAUCCAAAAUCACCUAUUUAUCGAAGCUGGACAGUACAAUGACAACUUGUACGGCACCUCAGUGGCUUCCGUUCGAGAAGUAGCGGACAAGGGCAAACAUUGUAUUCUGGAUGUUAGUGGAAAUGCAAUAAAGCGGUUGCAAGUCGCUCAGCUUUAUCCUAUCGCAGUUUUUGUCAAACCAAAAUCUGUCGAAUCCAUUAUGGAAAUGAAUAAGAGGAUGACAGAAGAACAAGCUAAGAAGACUUACGAAAGGUCAAUCAAAAUGGAGCAAGAAUUCGGUGAAUACUUUACAGCUGUAGUUCAAGGAGACACUCCUGAAGAAAUCUACAAUCAAGUCAAAGAAGUAAUCAAGGAACAAUCUGGACCAAACAUUUGGGUGCCGGCCAAGGAGAAACUGUGA